UCAAGUUAUAAUUUCUUGUCUUGUACGUAGACGUACGUAGAUAUAUCGCGUGCGAAAUGCUGAAUAUAUAGUUCAUGAAAACAUAAAAAAGAGCGAUAAAACACGGCCGGAGAGGAUUUUACGAGAUUGAUGAUCUUGAUGAGAUUGAUAUCUCGAUCUUUUUUCUUAGAACGUAAUGUAUCGUUAUCUUGAAAUGAGGAUAGAAGAAAAAGGAGUGACCAUCAGUGUUUAUGUUGAAUUUUUAUCAACCAUAGAUUCACAAUAUAGAUCUCAUCCAUUGAAAAGAACAGCAAGACGAAGAGGAUACGAUCAUCGAGCCCAACUCUUGGCCUAUGCUCAUGAGUUAAGGCAUGCCAAUUCUACAUACCCUCAAUGUACGUCCGAUAAUUCAAAACAAAAGCAAAAGAAAAGUAGAUGGACAAGAAUUGGAUUGCCAUUUUCCCGUUUGUUUCGUCCAAAAAACAAGGAGAGGAGGUAUGAACAGAUGGGAAGAGAAGAAUCCUGUGAUGCCGAAGAGUCAUGCUAUCAAAGAGGGUCCAAAGGAAAAAAGAUGAGUGGAGCAAAUGCGAAAGGAACGUCUAGUUUUUGUGUUUGUGUAACUUUGUGAUGUGAUGCAGAAGAGAUUGAAGUGUUUCCUGAAAGAUAUCUCAUCCAUCUGGCAAUUCGGCAAGCAUUAAUCAUGAUCAGCGUAUUUGAUGGAUAUAUUUUUAUGCUAAUUAUUUUCAAUUUUCUCGUCUUUUCCAUCUUUUGUUGUUUACGGUAACUUUAUGCAAUUGUCGAACUCCAUUCGAAUAGAAAGCUUUUUGGCCAAUUCAAGAUCAGUCGUGACUUGCUUAGGGAUCUUAGCAUAUAGUCUGGGCUGUUUCCCUCUCGACUUUGCAUCUUAGCAUCCAAAAAAUCCGUCUCCUCCGUUAUACAGGGCACAUAGAGGCAAGUGAUGGUCACUACUCAUCCCCUUAUUUCCACAACUUUGAGUGACCCGUUCAAUAUGUCCCCAGGGCAAAUUUACGGCACUUAAGAGUUUGGUUGACACAAGGACAACAAACGGGGAAGAAAGAUGGAAAAGGAAACAUGAGUAUGAAAAAUCAUAAUUCUUCACUUAUUCAAGGAUAUUUCUAACGUAUUGUUUCACAUUUAAAUUUAAUUUUUGAUAGAUAAAUAUUGAGCGCGGCAUCAUUAAUUAUUCUUCACUUGGAAAUAGGUCAUUUGAUAACAGAAGGAAUACCGCUGUUUGUACGAUGGAUA